AUGAAUGGGAAGGAUGCGGUGGAACACGACGAUCCAGAUGCGAUCAAGACAGGGUUCGAAGCGCCAUCCGUUUUUUGUAAGCUUAUCGAAAUCAAGGAGGGCGCCCCGUUCUCCAUAGAUAUAACCCUCAGCCGCGGCAUUCGACAUAUCCUCACCUCUGAUGACUCUGCAUUGAUGGCCGUCGUCCACCUCGGCUCCCAAGAAGUCAUUAGGCAUUUGGUAACGAAGAAGACGCUGGGUUCUGGGAAAGCGCUACGGCACCGCUUCCUUCUGCGGGGUGUUUACGAGAAAGACGACAAGUUGAGAACAGCGUUGAAGAGAUUCCGAUUCGCCACGAGCGACAUGAACGACAACAUCCCCGAGGGCAUCAUCAAGGUCGACGUGUACAUUGUCAAACUUCUCAGUCAACCAGAGAUAGGGCACCUGGUCGAUAUAACCUCUUCAGGCCCACCGCCUCAGGCCAUCAUGUCAGUCUCUCGCCGAACACCAAAUCGGGAUGUUUUUAAAGUAUUGACGAUGAAUAGCUUUGAGCCCAAUAAAACCAAGAAGUCGCAGGCGGCCGAUACCUACGAUAUCAACAAGCUAAAUCGUGGACCCCCAUUAGCAAGCAUCAUAUUCAAAUAUCAAACAAAAGCGACGAAGCUCUUCGAUGACCUAACACUAAGUGACCCCGAGGAAGAGAAAACCGAGAUGAACCGCCUGUGUUUACCUCUUCAGCCAAAGGGGUUCUUGGUCGAAAAGGGAGAGAAGAGCGACCAUGGUAAGACUGAAAAGUACGAGGCCGUCUCACACCAGUCGGGUCGUGAUACGAAAUCUACCGUUUUCAGGAAGAGGAAAGCCGUCUCGGCAUUCGAUGAGAUGUCUCCGCCGAGGCCUAGGAAGAUGAUUGCACUUUCGGAGUAA